ACACGAUUAUUACGUGCCCCGUCCGCUAUAAAAGAGGGCUUGCCAACUGCCUGCCUUUUCGAAGCUCUCCUGUACAAACUCCAUUACUUAGUUUUUCUCCAUCUCUACCAUGGCUGACGCAGCUGCAACGCCGCCUACUGAUCCAGCAAGCACGGCGCCACCUGCUACGACUGAUCCAGCAAGCACGACGCCGCCUGCUAGUACUGAUCCAGCAAACACGACGCCGCCUACUAGUACUGAUCCAGCUGAUCCAGUAGCAGAAGAUGAGAGGAAACUUAAAUAUCUGGAUUUCGUUCAAGUUGCAGCGAUCUAUGUGAUUGUUUGCUUCUCAACUUUGUAUGAAUACGGCAAAGAAAACUCCGGUCCGUUGAAACCUGGUGUACAGGCCGUAGAAGCCACUGUUAAAACUGUUAUCGGACCGGUUUAUGAGAAGUUCCAUAACGUUCCUUUCAAUCUCCUCAAGUUCAUCGACCUAAAGGUUGCAGACUUGAUGACAGAAGUUGAAAGCCAUGUGCCUUCUCUACUAAAGCAGACAUCAUCUAAAGCUCUGUUAAUAGCUCAGAAGGCUCCAGAAUUAGCUCGAGAUCUCGCCGGCGAGGUACAGCACGAUGGCUUAGUGGACACAGCGAGCAACGUAGCUAAAACACUCUACACAAAGUACGAACCCACAGUCAAGGAGCUAUACACAAAAUACGAGCCAGUGAUCGAGAAAAAUGCGGUUUUGGCAUGGAGAUCUCUGAAUAAGCUUCCUUUGUUCCCUCAAGUGGCUCAGAUUUUGGUGCCGACGGCUGCUUAUUGGAGUGAGAAAUACAAUCAAGCGGUGACAUAUGCGUCGGAGAACGGCUAUACGGCGGCGCAUUAUUUACCGAUUAUUCCCGUAGAGAGGAUCGCGAAGGUGUUUGAAGGCGGCGCCACCGCUGAAAACGAGCAGUCCGUUCCCUUGACCGACGGCACUGUUGCUCCGGCGCAAUGACCAUUUUACAUUACUGUACUGGGGGGGGGGGGGGGGGGGGGCUUAAUGGGCCGUCAGGUUAAUAACUUGGUUUAUGUUUGUCGGUAGUAAUUGUUCAUCUUUAUAUCGUGAGCCACUUCUUAAGUUCCUUAAUAUAUUGUAUUUAGUAAUUAUCCUAAAUCACCAAAUUUAAAUUCUUGAACAUAUCAUAUUGUAUCAACUUUUAAUCAAGCAGGUGAAACAAAAUACAAGAAUAAAGAGGUUUUAGGGAGUAU